CAAGGGUCCAUCACCCGGGUCCUCCGCCCAGAGUCACAAGCUACUGAGUAUCCAGCCAGCAUCGAUCAUUCGAUUCACUCCAAUGCUUUUGAAACACGAACUACUCCAGGUUUUGAAGGACCAGUGACAACAUCAACGUGCAUAUUCACCGGCACACAGACAUUUCGCCAUUCCCUUCCAUCACUACGUUUACUAGUACCUACGGAAGAUUCACUUUGAUACCCAGGCGUACCAUUCGCCCAACUCCACCCUGGCUAAACCCCCCCUCCCCAAGCGGUCUGCUCUCCUAGCUGUCUUCUUCUUCAUCACCAUCACAGCAAUCCUGGCUUCCACACGACUCGGUCCACGACUGACCUCUCUCUUCAACCAAGUUCGUCCCUACGUCUACACACCAAAACCACAAACCACACACCUCCGUCCCAUCCAAACCUCCAACAUGGCACCAAAGAAAUACCAGAAGCCACCCCAGGCACCGCCCCUCUUCACUGCUUCGGUAACCAGCUUGGUCGAGGAUGCGAAGAGCAUCUGUGAUCGCUCGCGUGCUAUGCUGGACAAAAUUGUAGCGGAUGUCACGCCGGAUUCUGCGACUUUUGCGAAUGUUGUCUUGCCCAUUGUCACGGACGAGGACCAGGCUGCGUUGAAGACGAGGGUCAUUGGCUUUUAUCAGGCGGUCUCGGCGGAUCAGGCACUAAGGGAUGCGAGUUCCAAGGCGGAGGAGAUUUUAGAUCAGUUUAAUAUUGAGGCUAGUAUGCGGGAGGAUAUUUACAAGCUUGUUGAAGCUGCGUAUCAGAAGGGGGAGGAUCUAGACCCGGAGAGUAAGAGACUCUUGGAAAAGGAACGAAAGAGCUUUAUUCGCAAUGGAUUGGGUAUUCCAGCUGGGGAGAAGAGAGAUCGGUUCAAGGAGAUUAAGAAGAGGUUGGCCACGAUUCAGGUUCAGUUCUCCAAGAAUUUGAACGAGGAGAAUGGUGGGCUUUGGUUUACCAAGGAGGAGUUGGAAGGAGUACCCGAGGAUGUACUUUCGGGACUGCAUAAGGGUGAGGGUGAGAAUGAGGGGAAGUUGAAAUUGAGCUUCAAGUACCCGGAUCUAUUCCCUACCCUGAAGUUUGCCGUUAAUGCCGACACGAGAAAGAAGGUGUUUAUGGAGAAUGAGAAUAAGGUAAGCGUUCUCUUUUACGCGCAAGACAAAAUGAAUUAAUAUUCGAAACAGUGUAAUGACAAUGUACCUCUUUUCAGAGAGGCUAUCGUUCUACGAGACGAAGCCGCCAGACUUCUGGGAUACAAAGACCAUGCUUCCUUCAAAUUAGAAGAAAAGAUGGCUAAGAAUCCUGAAACUGUUAAUGAUUUCUUGAGUGACCUGAGAACUCAAUUGACACCUGGUGGAAAGAAGGAAAUCGAGCAUUUGCUGGAGCUCAAGUCCGAAGAUUUGAAAUCAAGAGGAACGGAGACAACCAAUGAUGGAAAUUAUUAUCUUUGGGAUCAUCGAUACUAUAGCCGCAUCAUGGUUGAGAAGGAGUUUUCGGUUGAUGAGCAGAAGAUUGCCGAGUAUUUUCCUCUUCAAAGUACCAUUGAUGGUAUGCUUAGCAUUUUUGAGGAGCUGUUUGGUUUUGUUUUCAUUGAGGUCUCGGGAGAGGACCGCGAUAAGAUUUCAGGUAUGUAUCAGCCAGUGAAUACGACAAGUUUCAUAUACUAAUGAAAACCAGAAUCCGGCAAAGGCCCUGAUAUUGUAUGGCACGAGGAUGUCAAACUUUACAGCGUUUGGGAUGAUGAGGGAGAGGGAAGUGGCUUUGUUGGCUACCUUUACCUUGAUCUCCAUCCUCGCCCAGGAAAAUAUGGCCACGCCGCCAACUUCUCUCUUCAGCCAGGUUUCCUUUUCGCUAAUGGCACUCGUCGUCACCCAGCAACAGCUUUGGUUUGUAACUUCUCCAAGCCAACAGCAACUAAACCAUCACUUCUCAAGCAUGACGAAGUCGUUACUCUUUUCCACGAAUUGGGACAUGGUAUCCACGACUUGGCUGGACGAACAAGAUACUCUCGCUUCCACGGUACAUCUGUCGUACGAGAUUUCGUCGAAGCACCAAGUCAAAUGCUUGAGAACUGGUGUUGGACCGCAUCCCAACUCAAAUCCCUAAGUUCACACUACCUCACCAAGGAACAAAUCUCCGACGAUCUGCUCGAGAAGCAAAUCAGCUCCAAACACGUCAAUGACGCACUCUUCAACCUCCGGCAACUCCACUUCGGUAUCUACGACAUGACCAUCCACACGCCCUCCUCCCACGCCAAAGCAGAAGCCUUCAAGCUCUCGGGGCUCUACAACGAUCUCCGUGUCCAGAUUUCCGGUAUCAAAGGUCCUGAAGAGCUAGGAUUGAAGAAUGAUUGGGGUAAUGGAGAGGCCACUUUUGGUCAUCUGAUUGGAGGUUAUGAUGCGGGUUAUUAUGGAUACCUCAGUAGUCAGGUCUACAGCACUGAUAUGUUUUAUUCUGUAUUUAAGAAGGAUCCUAUGAAUAAGGUUGAGGGACGCCGGUAUAGACAUCAGGUGUUGGAGAAGGGGGGAAGUCAGGAUGAGAUGACGACGUUGGAGGGGUUCUUGGGCAGGAAACCUAGUACGGAGGCGUUUUAUCAGGAUUUGGGGUUGAAGAGUAAAUAAGCCACUUUGGUGAUCUUAGGUGUUGCGGUGUGAGGGGUGGGGGUAAAGGAAGGGUAGAUGGAGAAGCUUGAUUUGGUGUUGAUGAGGGUAUUUGUAAGAAGCGAGAAGUACCUAGGUAGAUUUUUGGGAAUGAAAAGGUUUUUACGUUA